AUCAGACCACUUCAUUUAUAACUGGUCCCUCCAACUAAAGAAAAAUAGACAUCACCACAGUACUCUUGUAUCUUUCUUUCUUUCUUUCAAAAUACUCUCUCUCUCUCAUGGAGAAAACAGAUACAGAAACUCGUGAUUUCAUGAACGUUGAAUCCUUCUCUCAGCUACCUUUUAUCCGUCCAGUUCCUAAAGAAAAGACCGGCAUUAGGCUUUUCGGUAAAGAAUUUGUAGCUGGUACUACUACAACGCAUCAUGAGGAAUCGGAAACUAUUGAAGCAGAAGAAACAAAAGAGAAUUCAAAUACAAAUCGGAAAUUUGAAUGCCAUUAUUGUUGCAGGAAUUUCCCAACUUCACAAGCUUUAGGAGGACAUCAAAAUGCGCAUAAGAGAGAACGUCAACAUGCUAAACGUCUUCAUCUGCAAUCUGCAAUGAUACAGGGUGAAGCAAAUAAUAGUUAUGGUAUGAUGAAUUAUCGCCUUCCUAAUUAUCACCAUCCAUCAACAUGGAUUACAAACACAAGCAGAUUUUACGCAACUCCUUCUCAUCAUCAUCAAACUCCGCCUAUAAAUGGAAGUCCAUUAGCGUUAUGGAGAAUUCCAGCAAGUUAUAAUUAUGGUCGUCCACUCGUUUUUCCUGCUAAUAAUCAUCAGGAUUUCAAGUCUUCUCCAAUUAUCAAUACCAAUUCAGCCACUCAAGAUCAUGUGAGUUUAGAUCUACAUUUGUGACUAAAUAGUCUUAGCUAAUUAAAAUUCUUUACCUGCACCAUAUUUAAUUUUAAGCUUUUUCUUAUUUCAGCAACUUUUUAUUAGUCUACCAACGUUAUGUAAAUGACAUAAUUUUUGUAGUAUAUGCAAUUCUCUCUUCUUUAAGUUCUCUA